AACCCACAUUCUAACUUUGGCACAGAGUGCAAGACAACGUUUUAAACUCUACCGUUUACGGAUUAACAAACUACAACUGCCGAUUAGUGAUAUUAUUUCUGGAGCAGAUAUGAUUUGAUCAUAUCAUUUUUUCAUAAUUUAGUUCGGUCAAAUUUAUAACAGCAUUUUAUUAUGUUACUUGGCAAUAUUGACGUUCUUUCUUAAAACUAGCAUUAAAUGCUUUCUUUAUGUACAUUUGUUUCAUGUAUAUUAAUUUAAGACAAGACUGACUCGGGGUAUAUCUUUUCCUCGGUCCCUCUUUGGAGAGAGAAACCCUUUUCAUUACUUUCCACGGCGCGCUUCAUCAGGUUACACCAGACUAGUGGAUCUACGUGCCGAGACGCAGUCUCACCGGAGAAGGGAGCGGAGGACAACUCCACUGCUCUGGCUCCACUUCUCCUUCCAGCAUCCUCUUUGUUAGCAGGAAGAAUCCUUCUCGCUGGGUAUCCAACAGACCACGACAUGAAACUGUGCGUAAUCACGUUGAUGGCCGCAGCGCUCCAACUGCAGCUCUCACCUGCCCAGAGCCUGCCCUCAUCUAGUCUAAACAGCACAUCUGAAGUCGUCCUGAACUUCCAAGAGGUGUGGCAUCGGAGCUUCUGCCGGACCAUCGAGAAGCUGGUGGAGGUGGUGCAGGAGUACCCCGGGGAGGUGGAGCACAUCUACAGCCCGUCCUGCGUGCCCCUGGUGCGCUGCGCUGGCUGCUGCGGGGACGACAACAUGGAGUGCCAUCCCACCAGCACCUCCAACGUCACCAUGCUGCUGUUGAAAAUCAAGCCAGUGGCGCAAGGUCAAGAAUAUGUUGAGAUGACGUUUGUGGAGCACCAGACAUGUGAAUGUAGAAAACGAGAACCCACCAUGAGGGUUGAACGAAGGAGGCAGAGAGGGAGAGGAAAGAAGAGAAAGGAAAGACAAAGAGGGAAAGACUGUGACAGGUGCCAGGUCCCUCGUAGGUAACUAGUGGCAUACCUUCACCACCCCCCCCCCCCCCCCCUCCAAACCUCUCGCAAAAUGGCUCACUAUUUAUUUCCCAACCCAAUGGCUGUGUCGAUCUUCACUGUCUGCGACUGCACUCAAGAGACUCAAAGACUGGGUUGUUGUGGCGACAGGCCCUUCUGCGGAUGGGGAGAGCUUUUUAAAUCAAGGUUAAACCAGAAGUGCCUUUUGAUUUGUGAAAACGAUUCUGUUACACACCUGACACGACGGACAUCCCUGGGAGCCAGUGCAAUAGGACCAAACAGACAGAGAAUAAUACUGUGUUGUUUUUUACUCCUUUAUACUGGUUAUUAACAACUAUAUGUAUCAUGUAUGUAUUUAAAGAUUUUACCAUUGUUUAAAAUGUUUAUUUAUUGAUACAGCUAAAAUAUUCUUUGGAUUAACAGUCAAGGUUUGAAGCAACGUCUUCCGUCGAACUGUAUCGUCAUCACGGCCAAUGAGGACCAUCCCAUCGCGUGUCUCUUCAUUUUUCUGGAAUGCACUAAAAUGGAAUGUCUCCCUCUAGCGGUGUGAUUUAAAACAGCGCAUUAUUUCCAUUAUUUCCCUAUGACACUGCUUUCACGGUCUACGAGAAAGCUGUUCGUCAAAUGUUUUUUAAAACCACUGGAUUUAAACCAAUUUCUACUUGCAAUCAUGUGUACAUUGUGAAAAUAAGUAACCCAAAAACAUUUAUGUGUUGAAGAUUCAUCCAAAGAAGUUUGAGUGUAUAAAUAAAUGUGAGCAGUGCAUUAAAGAAAUGGCCUCUA